UUUAUAAAAACGAAAACAUAUCUAAUUACGUAAGAUAAUGAUCAAAAGCGCCGAGCGUAAAUCUUUUAAAGAAGUACGCUAUCACAAGCUGCGGAACGGAAGUGACACAAGAAACUGCAGUGCCCCCGAAAAGACUUUCUCCCCUCGUGUUCGCCUGUGGCUGAAUUUGGGCCGAACUUGCAACGUGAGCCUCGGAAAUCUGGGAAUGGGUCUCAUCACAGCCCUCGCAGGUGUUGCUCUUCUGGACUUGGGGGAAAUCUACGGCGCCGAUAUUUCAACUAUUUCCCAUCUAAUAACAACGCGCAGCGUAGGAGGCCUGCUUGGAUCUCUGCUGGGAGGGAAGCUGUACGACACGUACAACACGCAGCUCACGUCAAUCAUUAUGCUGCUGCUCACCAGCAUAACGGUGCUGAUGGUUCCACUGUGUGGAGCGCUGCUUGUAGCUCACGUCAUGGUCUUCUUCAUGGGUCUCAGCUUGGGAGCAUUCGGCACAGGGGCCAACGUCUGGAUCAUCAACAUGUGGCCAGAGGACAGCAGUCCAGCGCUUCACAUUUUCCACUUCGCGUUUGCCGUCGGCUCGCUGAUGGCUCCUCUUAUAGCCAAGCCAUUUCUGUCCCUCGGAGCCGCCGGCAACUCUAACUUUCUACGGGAAGCGUCCGACCUGAGCUAUAGCUUUGAACCGACAUCCAACGAGACUGGCAACCAGUCCUCCGCAGUCAAGACUCUGUUCGACGAAGAGACUGUUGACGGGUCCGGCCAAAGCACAGUAUACUACGCGUUUGCGAUUGUCAGCGCUUUCUAUUUGUUUCUGGUCAUCUCGAUGACACUUCUUUACUGCACUGACAACUCCGAUUUCAGACGGCGGCCUGCGAGAGGACAGAACGGAAAUGAGGUGAAAGACGUCCGCUACAGCCGGAUCUCGUUGGCGCUGCUGAGUGUUUUCGAGUGCGUAUACGUCGCCCUCGAGUGCACGACGUCUCAGAUGCUGACCACCUUCGCAGUCAAAAGCGACCUGCACUUUUCCAAGCCGGAUGCCUCUCGGGUCGUCGCCGUGUACUUCUUUUUCUUCGCAGCGAGCCGACUGGUCGCGGCGAUAGUAGCCAUGAAAGUGUCUUCGUUAGUCACGCUUAUCUUCACGCAUGGUAUUCUCGUGGCCACGGCAGCGGCUAUGGACGGUGUGUGCUCCAGUAACGCGCUCGUGCUCUGGGUGGGCAGUGCAAUCACGGGAUUUGGCCAAGGACCCGUCAAGGCCGCGGUUGUCGCAUGGACUGCUGAAUACAUUAACAUUAGCAACAAAAUGAUGUCGGUGGUCGUGGUCACGGGUAGUAUCGGCAACCUCGCGCCAGCGCUUCUCGUCGGACAGUUUAUUGACCGCAACCCCGACUCUUUCCUCUACGUGUCCCUGGGCGCCGUUCUGCUGUCUGUAGUCAUACUUCUAUUCAUGUACGCUUACAUGAGCAGGAGGCGACUUUUGAAGUCGCACGCCGACGUUCAAAUCACUGCAGGUGCGGAGAAACCAGGGGACGUGCCUUUGCUUUAGCAUUUUGCUCGAUAUGGAAUUUCGUAUACUUACAGCCUUUAGAAUGAACCUCGUAUGUUUACACAUAUGUACUAAUAUUUGUACUUCGGCGGCCGAAACACAGCGGGCAAUAUUAUUUCUGAAGCAUUCAUAAACACCGCACGUGAAUGCUUUGUACGCACACAAGUUGUAUUUCUCUUGAUUGAUAGAAUGAACCUGGUCAGGGCGACCUCACAAAGCAAUGCAAUGGUAACGGAAGACGUAUCAGUGAAGCACUACAAAUUAAUAUUCAUCCAUGGAGGUUCACGCAAAUCUCCUCACAAUAGCGCUUUUUUUCCAUCCCGCGUCGCCGAAUUGCGGCUGUUGCUACCGGGCAUAAAGCCCGGGCGCUUGUGAUCACUGAUUACGAUCGUGUUCAAACGAGAACUCUUUCAACAGCAUCGCGAAACACGCACGCAAACUCACAAACGCAUUGGUCGUGUUCGCCUAUAGGGUACUUCGAUGCAUUUUACCCUAUCGCGAAAGUUAGCAGGUGCACCCUAUAUACCGCACAAUAUCACUUCCUGCUACCCACGCUUGCGCAUACACAGUUUGCUCGUCCCUGCUGUAAGUGAUGCUGCAUCAGUGUGGAUCGUUACCAACUUGUUCAAUUUGUGACCGCAAUGAACCAUCGUAACUUACAUCAAGGCAUCAAGGUUGCCAAGAGCUGGAAACUGGCCCAUAGAUCGUCGUAUGUUGCUUCGAGGCACUAUGGCUCCCAGCAGCAGGUAACUGGCCAAUAAACCCUUUUUUGUUACUUUAAGGUAUCAAGGCUGCCGUGAGCCGCGAAAUUUGCCAAUAAACCUUCUUAUGUUACCUAAAGGUAUCAAUGCUGCAAAGAGCAGGACAAUGCAACGGCUCAUAAGCUCUCGUAUGGUGAAGAACUGUCUCAAACCAAAGUUGGUGCUUAAUACGUCAAUUCUUAGGAGCUGUGCGAAGAACGUAAAUAAACUAGACAA